UUUCUCGAUUCAAUGUGACUUACUAAUAUUUGUUCAUAUUAUCUCACUCAACACUGCUGAGGCGUUUGUUUUGUGCUUGUCUGUCCACACAGGUCGUCUUGUUCCACAAAAGAUGUGAUCACAGAAACUAAAAUGACCCUUGAUUCGAUUGAGGACAAACUUUCCAGUGCUAUGGGUACAGGAAGCUCAAUGCCUCCAGGGCACCGUCAGUGCACCAUUGAGAUCACAAAUAAAAGCUCUCACUACACCCUCCGUGAUGUCAGUGUUUACAUCUUCAGUGGGUUCUGUGCCUCAUCUUUGCCACUUCAGAUUGAGCCAUCUUCAUCUGGGAAGGCUCUGUUCUCCAAGACUGGCGGCACUGCUUGUGGAGCUGUCGGUGUCUUCACCUAUGAUCUCUACAGCAAAUCUACAGGACAGACUGCUGGAAGUAUGGCUGUCAUGUUCUCUGUGCCCUUUGAUUACAACCUAUACUCCAACUGGUACGCAGUGGGAGUCUUUGAACAGAGCAGAGCAUGUAAUUAUGAUCUUUAUGUGCAGAUGUACUACGGCGAAGGCGACAUGUUUAUAAGAAAAAAGGCAGGCGAAGAUAUUGAUUUCAAGAGCGGUCCAUUUGCCAUCCCGGCAUCGAUGACAGACACCUGUCAACCUAUUCUGAGCUUAAAAGUGGAAGACAGCUGAAAUAAGGAAACUCAGAGGUGAUAAAAUGUAGAUUCUCCUGCAGUCUCCCAACUGCACAAUUUGUGCAUUUCUAACAGUUUUCCACUUUUUCCACAAUUUUUUGCCAUGCCGAUGAUGAUGAAAAAUAGUUUUGGAGCAUUAAGAAUUAGUCAAAAACCCCUAACCCUUUUAAAAUCACCCCCCAAAUGACCGCAAUAAUUCCCUUACAAUGUAUUGAAAGUUACUCCCGUAGUGUCUGUGUAGCUAUGAUUUAACUGCGACAGGGCAGGAUGCUUCUCCUUAGGUGAGUGUGGGACUGUGGUGAUGUUUGGGGCCCCCGGAGCCAAUAAUCAGCUCUAUGUGUGCGUCAAAAGUUGGCUAGAGGAAGAGGUUCAGAGCUGACUUAAUGUAUACAUUUCCACAUAAGCACAGAGAGACCAUCCGGUCCACUUCAGGCUGUUAGCUUAGAGCAGAGUUAGCUUUUUCAAUUCCAGCUCUGUUGAUCGUGCGAUUUUAAUUUCCAGCUAGUUUCUGUCUUACUUCCUAUCAGCAGGCCAGUCAACUGAAAUGAGUUGAUGCAGCUUACCUUCCAAAUUCUCAUAGUUCGAGAAAACACUAGAUUAGCAAAUACUUAACUAACAUGAAAAGGAUCAGAUUUACAACCAUCAUGGGAACAAGUUGGAAAUGAAAAUGUCACAUCAGCAGAAGAUCUCAAAGAUAGUGCCAGCUAUUUAUUAGUGCCUAAUCAAAUGUCUGAUUAGUUAUUAUUGUAUUGCUAUUUCUUUUACCAAAGCUCUUUAUCUCGCUGUCCUUCACAGACCUGUGUUUGUAUGUUGAUCUGUGCUUGUGACAUGUAAAAUAUUGGAUGUCAAUAAAGUUGUUUGAGUCUGAAUUAA